CCGCCCGGCGGUGCGGGGCGCGUCCCGGCGGGGGCGGCAGCGGCGGGGCCGGUCCCUCCCGAGCGGAGCCGAGAGGAGCCGAGCGGGACCCUCCCGCCGCCCGUCCCGCUGUUGACAAGCGGCGGCGGGGGCAGCGCAGCGGCCGUGGUCAUCCUCAUGUGGCGGACGCUGGCCCUCGCCUCCGCCUUCUUCCCGGGGCUCUUCGUCCUCUGCAUCCGGUUGCUGCGCUGGGCCGCCCCGGGAUGGAGCCUCAAGGACCGCAUCCUCCUCAGCGGCAGGUUGGUGUCGACGGUCCAAGCCACGAUGGCCACAGUGUCAGGGAUCACGGUUGUCCGUAACUGCAAGGAUGUGGUGUAUGACAGGCACUGGCUGGCCGUGGAGUACAUCUGGGUCCUUGUUCCCUACAUGACCUAUGACAUUUAUGUCAUGUACCUCUGCCACUGGCACAAGAGCCUGGACAGGGGAAUCGUGGAGAAGAAGCACUCGCUGGCCAGCGUGUGGAGCUUCCUGCUGCAGGAGCGGCUGAUGGUGACCCACCACCUCUUCAUCCUCAUCGUGCUCACCCCCAUCACACAGCACUUCAGGGGAGAGCUGGGGGACUUCUUCGUGGGCUGCAUCUUCAUGGCAGAGCUGAGCACACCUUUUGUAUCGCUGGGCAAAAUCCUCAUGCAGCUCAAAAUGCAGGACACGCUCCUGCACAAGGUGAACGGGAUCCUCAUCCUGGUGACCUUCUUCCUCUGCCGCAUUCUCCUCUUCCCCUUCAUGUACGCGGCCUACGCCCGGCAGGUGGGAAUCCCUGUUUACAUGGUGCCUUUCCGCAUCCCCCUGCACUGCAACAUCGCCAACGCCUCCCUCAUCGCCCCCCAGCUCUACUGGUUCAGGCUCAUCUGCCGCAAGGCCGCUCGCCUCUACGGCAGCUCGCCCGCCGACAAGAGCAGAUAACGGCCGGCGCGGGGCUGGAAAAGGGUCGGCUCCCCCCGGCUCUUCCACCUUCACUGCGGGGACCAGCGUGGGAGCAGAGCAGCGGGAGCAGUGAUCCCGCUGGGCUGUGUUAGCUGGAGCAGCCUCACACCAUCCUGUGCCAGGCAGCACCAGCCUGGGAAGGCUUUCCUCCCACUCUGCUCCAGUGCCUUGUGUCCUCCCACCCGUGGGAGCCGGGGUAGGAGCCAGCCUGUAAGCACGACAUUCCUGCUGGGAUUCAACGCCGUGGCUCUGAACGGUCACACGAGAGGGGUUUGUUACAACCCCCCCCGCCGCGUCCUUCGGGGCUGACACCAGACACCGCGGCAGCGAGCGCCGUGCGAGGGAGCCCGCAGCGCUGAAGGCAGCAGUGGAGCUGUUGCUGGAGCGUGCCCAGCCUCAUGCAGCAGCACUGGGGACACGGGAGCCAUGUACUGGACCUGCUGCAGCCCCAACUCGCUGCUCCAGCUCUGGGUCAACCUCCAGCUGAGAGCAGAGCCAGGCCGGGGGCUGCAGUGGUUCUGCAGAGCCUGUUCCUGACCACUUCACUACAGCCGUGUUCAGCCUCUUACCUCCCAUGUGCACCUCCUGCUGCUGCUGGACUCAAACCCCACUUAACCCAAAGGUGCUUUUUCACUAUAACUGAUGUCCGUGGCUGGUGGUCCCAGGGUUGGAGGUUCCGGUGUUCCCAGCAGGGCUGGAGGAGAGAGAAGCUUGUGCCAGGACAGAGGAAUGGUUAUGCUGUUUCCCGGUAAUGCUGGCAGAGCAGAGCACCCAUGGCUGAACAGCAGGAUGGGGACAAGCGACUGCUAGGCCCUUGUCUCACCAACACAUGGGGCACUAUGUAGAGCCCUUCAUCAGCAGGGGGUGCAACUUCCAUCCUCUUCCCCACCUUCAGUUGUUUUUCUGUCCCACACCCCCCCCAGUGGGUAUUUAAAAUCCUCUGCCCUGCUCUCCCACCAGCACCCCGUGUCCAUCCCUCCUGCCCCUCUCAGUGCAUAAGGAACCAGCACUCCCAGAGCAGGGCACUGAGCUGCACCCAGCCCAUUUCCACCUUCAGUCUCAGCAGAAUGGAUACAGGCUUCCCAGCACCACGGGGUUCACAAGCCUUGCAGGUGGAUGUCAGUAACAGCUCAGUUCCUUCCCUGCAGCCAGCACAAGCCAGGGCAGCCACCUCCUUUCUGCAGCCCUCUCAGCUUGCCUGGGGGUCUCCUGCUCCAGGGCAGGUACUGCACCAGCAUGGCCUUGGCAGCCCCCCAUGCCCAGAGACCUGUAACCACUCUGUGCCUUUCACUCUGCCUAAAACAACAGCAGAGCUCUGGGAGACCUGGUUCUCUUGGGUCUGAUCCUGUCCCUGCCAUGGCUGUAUUCUGGAAAGAGUAAAAUAAAGGGCCUCUUCCAACAUGCGGUCAGUUAUUGCACAAACACUACGGUUACAUUAAUGACCGAGGCCAGCUGAUGUUAUAAACCGCUUGCAACCUCUUACAGAUGUUUUUAUCUCGCUGUUUUAACUGCAAGUAACGCGCCUUAUGUAAGGACAGAAACAGAAAGCCAACGAGGCAUCUCUGUUUGCACUAACACCACCCUAUUCACUGUCAGGAGACCAAUAAAGAUUUCCUUUCUGAGUCACACCA